AUGCACAUGAAGUGAUGCACUCACACAGGAAGUCACCACACAUUCAUUCACACUCCCACAUACACGCAGAGAGAGACAGUCCACUCACGAACUGCCACCCGUCCGUCGGCCAAUACCCAGGCGGUGUGCUCGUGAAUGCACAAAGCCGCAUCUCUACCGCAAGGUACCUAACGCAGCAACACACGGACACUCCCCUUCCCCCUUUCCCCCCCUCUCAGUCAGUCAGUCAGUCAGUCACCACACACCCAUGUACGCACACACAGAGAGAGAGAGAGGCUGUGGGAGAGGAGAGGUCAUGAUUGCUGCACACAUGACCGUUCGUCGAGGCCGCCUCCCUCCCCUGCAGCACAAGCCAGCUAGCUAAGGCGGGCAAAGGCCGGCCCCUCCCGCCCUCUCUGAGUCAGUCAGUCAGUCAGUCUAUCGGCAAUAUGGAUGCUACACACCCCUCAGCCCCACCUCUAUCUACUCGUCUGCGACAUCCAUCGCGCCGUCAGCAUCCUCUGCCUCGGCGUCGCCAUGGUCCGCUCCCGCAGGAGGAUCGACAUACGCUGCAUUAAUGAAUCGACGGGAGACGCAGACAGACAGACAUCACACACAGUGAGCUGUGUUGAGAUGGAUGAUUGACUACUUGACUCAAGCAGUACCGAGGAAUGGGUCUUGCAUGUCUCGUGGCUGUGGCCUCCUGGGUCUGAAGGUGUCCUCCUCGCCGCCAGAGUCGUCCUCAUCCAUCGCCCCAUCUGCAUCCUCCCCCUCCUCCAUCGCACCCUCACCCCUGCCACCACCGCCACCACCGUCGUGGCCAUCACCACCACCCUGCGGCGCCCCGCUACCAUCCCCACCAUCGCCAUCGCCGUCGGCGAAGGGGUCGGUCGGCCCAUCGAAUCGCCGAAACAUCCCCGUCCUGUCGAUGUAGCCCAGCUGGCCCCAGUCGAAGUGGCAGUCGUCAUUGCCAACGAGGGUGUUGAAGCCCUUGACCAUCGGCGGCAGCUGACACUUGUCCUUCUUGUCCUGCCGCUUGGCCUUCUUGUCAUGAAGCUUGUCCAGCUCGGCUUGCCACUUGGCGAUCUCGUCCAGGCGCGCCUUGUGCACCACCUCCUUGAGCCCGAGACGGCCAUGUUUGUGCACCGCCUCACGUGGACGGCUGUCGGCUCUGUCGGCAAGGGCGAAGUAUUGGAGUGGCGGCUUGGACGCCUUGGCUCGCUUGGCACCUGGCUCAUCCCCAUCCUCUCCGUCAUCAUCCGGCUGCUGUACGAGUCGUGUCCCUCCGACCACCUCCCCAUUGCCGACCACCUCCAGCGACGCCGCCCUGAAGACGAACACCUUCAUGGCCGCAUUGAUGCGCCGGCCGAUCUCCGUCACGUUCUGCACGGGGCGGCGGCUGUGCCACGUGUGCUCGAGUGCCGAUGGGUCGAUGAAGAACGACGCAACGCGCCAGGCGGUUUCCGACAUGCCCUUGCCGGCGAAUGGCGUCUCGUCGUCCUGCCAGGGGGCCACCGGAUGGGCGUGUGUGGGGAGGGGGGGAGGGGCCACGGAGCGGCGGUAUGGGUCGAAUGAGGGGAAAACGGCCUUGAGCUGCUGGGCGGUGGCCUUGGGAAGCGCCUGGGUCAGCACGUCGGCCAUCUUGCGCAUGGGGUGCAGGGCGGCAUUGACGCACCGCAUGACGCCAAAAGGCAGCUCCUCGAGGACCGUAACGUACUCGGCCAACGCCAGCUGGAAAACCUUGGGCUUGUCGGUGCGGCGGCUGUGUGGGAUGCGGGAGAUGUCGGCGCCGGCCCUCAGGAGCUCGCGGAUGCUGCGCUUGCGGUGGGGAAUGUCUCUGGUGGCUCUGUCUCGGACGGAUUCCGAGACAAGUCUGUCUGGUUUCUCCGCCCACUCAAUCUCGAGAUUGAGCCUCCACGCAGCAACACAGAGGGGUGUGUCGUCAGUGUCGUCCGGUGUCCCCCUGUCGACAUCAUCAGCGGUCAGACGGGAGCACAGAGACGUGACCCCUUGAUGGGAGCCGCACCGUGCCGCUCUGUACAAUGCCGUCCGCCCCUCCUCGUCACGUGCCCUGAUGUCCGCUCCGUUGGCCACCAGCAUGUCAACGUACUGGUUGACGAAUUGCUGGGAGAAGGCGUGAAUGGUGCCGGCCGCAGAAUGCAACGCGUCUUGUGCGAUGGCGAGAGUGUCGUCGAUAUCGACGAGCCGCCGGUAGGUCGACAGAAGCCAGUCCUCGUGCACCUCGGUCGGCUGGUCCGUCGGCAAUGUCUGUGGCACCGCCAGCUCCCGAUUCGCCCCCCGCUUCAGCAGGAGGUCGAUGGCGUUGUCGUUGCCCGACGCAAUGGCCACUUGCAGGGGCGAUGGCAGCGGGUCGCCGUCUUCAUUGACGCCGCCAUUGACAUCCGCCCCACCAUCGAUGAGGGCGGUGAGGAUCUCAUCCUGGAUGUCGAGGGAGGGGCAGUGCGGCAGAGCGAUGGGAGAUUCAUUGGGAUGGUGCCGGACCCAGAUGGACGGAACAGUGUUGUCGGUCAUGUUGUCGAUCGCGAGAGCGAGGAUUGAGAAGGAACGAACAAUGCCUUCGAAGGCGUCCUCCCAGGGCGCCUCCAGCUCAGGCACCAAGUUCAAAUCGACUCCCCCGCUGAUCAGCUGCGUGACGUCCUGUCCGCUCGGGAGGGUGCGGCCCAGGACACCAUCCCACAGCUGUUCGCUUGGAGGGACAUAUGCUUCGACUGACAUGGGGCCAACAGCGCGGUACCAGCUCAUGUCAACGAUGUCCGCUCGCUCCCAGCCACGGGGCAGAGCUGCGCCCUCGGCCAUGAUGUGGUCGUCACCGAUCACUGCAUGUACCACACACACGGACCAAUCACACGUAUGCCCGUCGGCUCCAUGAAUGAGUGCCCGUCUGCUCUCCCUCGCUCGCCUCUGUCCGCCUCACCUGAGUGUGCGCGAGAAUGGCAUCAUGCAGGCUGCAGGCCGCAACACCACUCACCCACAGCAAGCUACCUCUCAGCACAACACUCGAAAAUGAGUGCCUGAUGCAGCCAUCACAACACGUGGAGGAGAUCCCUGCAGCCAUCACAGCACAACGAUGUGUGGCGCGUGAGGCGGUCUCUCUUGCGUGAAUGUAUGGAUUACUUGCUGCAGAGAUGUGGGCAGCACCCUGAAAGGCUAUGGCAUGGAUGGGAAGCGCUCACACUGCUGCUCUAUGGGCUAUCUUUGCCGUCGAAAGCCGAUGGAUGGAAGGCCGCGCACUGGGCGGGCAGCGGACGAGCAACAAAGAAGGCGGCCCUGCGAUGGUCAGCUGCCGGCUGCCCUCCUCCUUCAA